AUGCCGCGAUCCCCCUCCCCGCAGCCCUUCAUACCCUCCUCACCAGGCCCCUCUCUGAAACGGUCUCGCUACACCUAUCGUCAUCUCCAGCUGCUCCGGCAGAAUUCGCCGUCGAGUCCCUUACGGGUGAUUGCGCAUCUCGAUCUCGAUGCGUUCUACGCACAGUGUGAGAUGGUGCGUUUGGGGACGCCGCGCGACACCCCUCUAGCUGUCCAGCAAUGGGACUCGCUCAUUGCCAUCAAUUAUGCUGCGCGCCCUUUCGGGAUCACCCGGAUGCUCUCUGCAAGCGAAGCCAAGAAACGCUGUCCCGAACUGGUCCUCCAACAUGUGGCGACUUUUAGGGAAGGAGAGGGCGGCAAAUGGGCCUAUCGAGAGGAUGCGUUCCGGAGCAUCAAGACUGACAAGGUGUCGCUGGAUCCAUACCGGGCAGAAUCUCGGAAGAUCCUGAGCCUGAUCAAGGAGGAGCUGUCUAAAUGGAGGGACCGUCUAGCCGUGAUAGAAGGCGGUGCUCUGGGUCAACUACAACCCGCCAAGCUAGAAAAAGCUUCCAUAGAUGAAGUCUUUAUCGACCUCUCGUCGCUGGUAUCUGGUGUUCUUUUUGAGCGUUAUCCUGAACUAAGAGAGCCUCCUACCGGCGAUGAUAAGACGGCUGUCUUGCCUUCUCCUCCAACCACAGCGUUAGACUGGCAUCCAGAAGAUGGACUGGUGGACCUGGACGAUGACGAAACAGAGGAGGAUGAUCCAGAUUGGGAUGAUAUCGCGAUGUUGAUAGGUUCUGAAAUAGUCCGUUCUGUCCGCAACGCCGUGUGGGAAAAACUAAACUAUACCUGUUCCGCGGGGAUCGCGAGAAACAAGAUGAUGGCAAAGCUGGGAAGCGCAUGCAACAAACCAAACAAGCAAACCGUAGUGCGAAAUCGCGCGGUCCAAAAAUUCCUAGGAGGGUUCAAAUUCACAAAGAUCAGAAUGCUAGGAGGGAAAUUGGGGGACCAGAUCACAGCGCUGUUCGGAACAGAGGAAGUUAGCGAGCUUUUGAAGGUGCCACUUGAGCAGUUCAAAGCAAAACUAGACGAUGAUACUGCGACUUGGUUGUACGGUAUUAUUCGCGGGGAAGAUCAUAGCGAGGUUAAUACACGAACACAGAUGAAGUCUAUGCUCUCAGCCAAGUCGUUUCGGCCCAGUAUUAACUCGGUUGAUCAGGCCGAGAAGUGGCUUCGGAUCUUUGCAGCUGAUCUCUACGGUCGACUGGUUGAGGAUGGUAUACUCGAGAACCGACGCCGACCAAGGACCAUUACUCUGCACCAUCGACAAGGUGCACAAGUGCGAUCACGGCAGAUCCCGAUUCCUGGCGGGAAAACGAUCGAUGAGGCCCUGCUCUUCGAACUGGGGAAAACUUUACUGGGCCAAGUCGUUGCAGAUGGACAAAUUUGGCCAUGUGCGAAUCUGUCGCUCAGUGUAGGCGGCUUCGAGGACGGUGUUGCCAACAACAGAGCCAUUGAUGGAUUCCUUGUCCGGGGUCAAGAAGCCAUCUCUAUGGGAACGCUAGGAACGGGGCGCGAUACGUCCGACGAACAAGGAAGAGCAGAGAAGAGGAGAAAAGUGGAAGAUACUGGCAUCCAGCGCUUCUUCAAGAAAGAUAACAGAGUUGGUGAUGAUUCGGACCUGAAAAAGCUCGAGCAUCAGGCAAGCUUCAAGGACUCGGAUGCGAAUGCCCAAGAGACGCCAGAUCAAGAUCUGAACACAGAAGGACAUGAUGACAGUGAGCGCUGGGAAAAUCGGCUCCCGGAAGAUUUAGCGGCUUCCUACAUCUGCCCCCGGUGCAAUAAAUCUCUUCCUGAAUUCGAAAGAAGUGAACACGACGACUGGCAUUUUGCCAAAGAUCUAGAGCGCCAAGAAAUGGAAGCAGCCAGGUCUCAGACGAUACAACGAGGCACGGGGCAGACUUCUAAAGACGCCAGGAAAACAAAGCCGAAACCUAGAACAACAGGCCGGGGUGGCACUGGAAAACCAGAGAAGGGACAGACACGACUUACUUUUUGA